UAUACUAUACAUUGGAUAGCAGAGCUGUUUACAGAAAACAGAUUUCGCAAAUAGGCCACUCUAUACAGAUUUUGCCAUUCUCGACUGGAUACGCCGCAUCAGAAAUGGAUAAAAAAUCUAAACAACUGGUCAUUGAUUGUAUUCAGUUAAGUAGUGCAAAAUCGUCUAAGUAUAGGGAUGAUAUAAGACCGAUGAUAAUGUGGAAUCAGAAUGCAUAUGGAAGUGAACUUCCUGUUCGCUCAUUAAUGACACCACAACAACUCAAUGAGUGUUUCCAGCAUCAUUUCAAAAUACAAAUGUGUGGGAAGGAAGUUUCAGACGUAAAGCCUAUUUAUCGAGUUGAAAGCACAUUAACUACUAGAGAUGAAAAUUGCAAGCUGGCAGUUGUCUAUUAUCAUGAUGGUGUCACUGUUGUUGAAAACAAUGGAAAAUUGGAAAUAAAAGCUACCAAAUUCUACAAUGAUCAGUUUCAACCAAUCAAAUUUAAUGGUUUUACUAAACCUCUUAUUCCUUUACAAUCCAAUAAUGGAGCAUUUCGAGAGAUAAAUUAUAUGCCUGAUGUGAUUCGGGUCACAGAAGUAACACAUGGAUCCGAGGAUGGCAAUACUUAUGAGAUAGGCUCAAGAUGGGAAUACGAGCUAGUAGCUACUGCUGACGCGGUGAAAUGCGAAAAAACUGUGGGUAGAGACUAUAAAAAAAAUUAUGCUACAAAAGUCUCAUUCGUAAAAGAUCAAAAAUGGACUGUAAUAAGCGACUUGAUAGAUUCACGACAUUUCACUGAUGUACGACAGACAAUCUACGAAUGCAAACGUGGAGAGCAGUUGGUAUUCCUGAGAAUUGUGAAUGAGUAUGUUGAAGAACGGCUGCAUGAGUCUCGUUACAUAUAUCAUCAUGAUGGCGUUGAAGUUGGUGCGCUUGUUUACCCAAAUUCGGAGAGAACACAAACAAAAAUUCGUGAAGUAAAAUUCGUUGACCCCAGUACGAAAAAAAUAUUGAAAUAUGUUGGCGAACUGUAUGUUGUGACAGAAAUGAAAUCCAUUGCUCGAAGACUGUAUGAUGGACCAGCGAGUUUGAUAGAAGGAAAAUUAUUAGCCUAUGAAAAGCUGUCAGAUGCUAAAGCUAUGGACGUCUAUUCACUGGAUUCGCUGAGAACAUUCAUGGAUGGAAAGGAGCCUAUCGAAAAAAGAUUAGAAGCUGUUAGAUACGGAAAUGAUAAUAAAUAUUUGAUAUACACUAAUGUAGAAUACAUGAACGGCCUCAGUGUCUAUCAAGUUGGCAGACUCUGGGAUGCAGUGUAUACUGCUGACAGCAGUAAUCCUUUAAUCUGUCUAGAGGACCGAUGGAACACGAAGACGGUAUUUGAGAGCUACAAUUACAAAUACAUUCUCCCCAGAGUGAUCGAGUUCUAUGGUGGAGAGAUGUACGAACUAGACUUUCAUUCCAUGAGGCAACUAAUAUCAAAAAUUGACCUCAAAGUUUGGAUAUGCGCUAACAGGAAGGAUACACUCCUCAGACUGGAGUUGUCAAUGUAUAUUCCUUCAGUUAAUAUGUCCGGCUACAUACAUCCUCAUAAUAUUGGAAUAUGGCUGGACGAUACUCAAAAAAAUUCCGUCGUGCUGUUGAGAGAGACAUUCUUUGUCACUCCUAUGUCUUCUAAAAUCCUCAAAUACGAAGGGGCGUUGCAACUGCUUGAAAGCUACGUACCAGAUGUUGGGAGUUGGGACUGAUGACAGCUCGAAAACUUGAGUAGCCCAGUUUCAAAACUCGUUAUCUCCAUUUUCUUCAAUUUCGAGUUAAGAACGCCAUUUUGUUCUCUGGGUUCAUAUACAACUAUUCCCACUUGUUAAAUGCUACAGAACACGUUAAAAAGGUAUGAAAAUGGCCGUCAAAGUUUGGAUACUGCUGCAAAACUCAUCAUGUGUACCCCACGUAGGCCUACUGCUGCAAAAGCCUUCAUAGUUACUAAACGAGUACUGCAACAGAACUCGUUAUAUCUCUAUGGAGUAGAAUGUAUUGAAUUCCUUACUGCUGCAAACCACGUUAUGUUUUUCAAUGUAUUCAGUUGUAAUAAUCUUCUAAUACAAAUGCAUAUUUUGUAUAGUUUCUAUUAUAAUUUGACCACUUUUAAAUUUUUACACUUGAAGAGAUUUUAAGUUGUUUUUAGACUUUAUUUGGUGAAUCAUGAAAUUUAUCUGACAAUCAAUAUUUUCAUUUGCAUCUCAAUACGGACUUCCUAUGUGCUUAGUCAUGCAGCAACUAUUAUUCCGAAAACAUAUUCUUCUCAAUCAAUUGGUAGUGAUAUCUAUCAGUAAAGUGUUGAAUUAGAAAAAAAGAUUGGUCAAAUCAGCCCAAUCAGCACAAUCAACUUGAAUCGAAAUCAAAGCAAGCUCGUUUUGUCAAACGUGAGGUCUUGAUUCAAGAUUUCUUCCGCAUGCGUUUAGCUCGAAAUGAGUUAAUUUCAAGAGUCCAUUUAUACAUCGUUCAAGCCAGUUUCGAGCUCGAAAAUGCAGGCUCUAAUCAGGCUGGUGCUGCGAGCUAAAAUCAAAGUCGCGUUGCGAGCUCGAUCCAGGCCCGAGAUGCACGGUCGAAUCAGGAUUGAGAUGCAGUCUUGACUCAGGCUUGAAACGCAUGCUGGAUGCGAUCCCCCCAUUCAAGGCCACCUGGCACACCUUUCACAAAAUGCAAGCUCGAUACUAUUGUAAUUCUAGAUCAAUUAGAGUCUGAUUCAAGCUGGAUGUUUAGAGUGAAUCAAUCCUGAUUCAAGGCAUACUGCCCUCUUGAAGUAAGCUUCUUUCAGCUUCGAAUCAUGAUUCUGAUUCAAGGCCAGUGCAAUCCAAUAUCAAUGCUUAAUCAUGAUUCAAAUUUCAUCCAGAAUUUGAAAUAAAUCUGUAAUUCUUAUUAUUCAUGAUUUAAUUAUUCUUCCAAACUAAUGCUUCAAUCUUACUAUUGCCUUAAUUCUCUAUUUCUAUACUCAGUGGACAUUCAUACAUUCUAUAUAUUGGUUACAGAAUGGUGGCGAUUUGAACUCUUUAUUAAGUUAAUUUUCUGAUAAAUGCAAAUGUGUUUGGUUUUUAAUAAUUUAAUAAUUUCCUAUUUUUAUUUGUCUAUAGUUAUUAUUUUCCACGUGCAGGAUCUAUAGUUAAUGAACUCUGUUACUGGAACUUUUUAGGUGAUUUAAAUUAGUUUAUCAUUUAUGGAAUAAUAUAUUUAAUUCUAUGAAACAUAAAAUCAGUUAGCUUUGUUCAACAAAGAAGUAAGGAAGAGAGUUGUUGUAGUGGAGGGAAAAGAGGAAACAACUCAUGUUGGCUUGUUAUCUCACAAUAAUAGUUCUUUAUAGGGAAAAAUAUUAUGAAUACUCAGUAUUUUCUAGGAUUAUUUUAAAUUGAUUUUUUUUCUCAUCUGAAUUGAGUCGUAAAUGGGAGUAGCAUUUAUAAUUUCCUUUGUUUCUAUUGUAAUAUUUAUUUUUGCUUAUUGAUUUCAUAUCAUGUAAGUUCCUUCUAUUGUCUAUUCUAUUAAUUUAUUCCUUGGUUUUUAUCAGUGCAACAUUCCAUUUUCCUUCAAAUCUAUUCAUUUCUUUGAGAACUUGUUUCAUUUUUAUUCUCAUGUACUUAUAUAAGAAUAGUAUCUACUUCUAUUUAUGAUUUUGGAUAUCGUUGUGUAAACAUAAUGACAAUCUAAGCUAACUUUUCAUUGAAUUAAUAAUUAUUUUCCAGGUAAUAAAUUUGUUUGUGAUUGAAAUCAAAGAGCAUAAGCAUACUUUUGUAAUCCUAUCCCAUUUGAUAUUAUCAUUAAAUCUAUUGCCUUUAAUCACUAAACCAGUUUAUAAUAUGAGAUUUUCUAUGUAUGUUCCAAUUACUAGGAAACAUUUUCCGAAAUUUAAUAAUUUACAUUAAAUGUAAAUCAAAUUUUGAUAAUAUACAUAAAUAUAUUUCUUUAAUUACUACUAUUAUUAUCAUUAUUAUAUUCAUUUAGUAAUUAAUCAACGCCACCUUAAGUACCGAACAUUACUUGGAUAUAUGAACUUAUUUAGGCUAAUCUAUAAAAAAUAUAUAUAUUUUAGAAAAAGGAUCGGCAGUAAGAAAAUGAAUGUGUUAGGAGAAUUGAGUGACUACAGACACGUUGGUUGUGAGGAGUUUGAUGAGUGUGGUGUGUAUGCUGGAUUUUUGAGAGAGAAUGGAAUGAAUGCUUUAAGUGUUAUACAUCUGAAUAUUAGGAGCUACCAUAAAAAUUUUGACGAUUUUAUUGUUCUUUUGGAAUGUCUUGGAUUUAAAUUUGAUGUCAUUAUUUUAACCGAAACCUGGUUGAGUGUGGAUGAGAACAUAAGACACUUGGAAGAAUAUUCUAGCUUUCGUACUCCAGUUAAAUUUAAUCAGAAUGAUGGAGUAGUUAUUUAUGUAAGAUCUGAACUGAAUGCAUCCUGUGAAGAGAUUAAUGUUGGAGGAGUAAAUUGUCUAAUAUUGGAUUGCCAAAAAUACGAGUUGAGUUAUAACGUUUUAUGUGCUUAUCGCUGUCAGGGCUUGGACCUGUCAAAUUUUAUCAGUGGACUUGAAGAUAGAUACAUCGAUAGGAGGAAUAGAUUGAACAACACUAUUGAGAUUAUCGCUGGAGAUAUCAAUUGCAAUAUUCUUACUGACCAAAUUAACAAUAUUAGUAACAGUUAUCUAGAUGUGCUCUAUGGGGCUGGUUUUGUUUCCUGCGUUAACGUUCCUACAAGGCGGACGGCCUUCACUCCGACUUGCAUCGACCACAUUUUUGUCAGGCACUUUUGAUACGGAGGCUCUCCGUCCGGCCGUUUUCCGGUCUGACAUUACUGACCACUAUGUAACGUCUAUUCCAAUUAAAAAUGAUAAUCAAGCUCAGAAUGUACCAAGAUUUGAACCUCUCCAAUUCCAUGCUUCCAUUGAUUACUUGAAAUUCUCAGAAACUGUUUCACAGCAAACCUGGCAGGAUGUAACAAUGAUAGAAAGCGUCAAUGAAUCUACUGAAUCAUUCGUUAAGAAAAUUCAAUAAAUUAAACAUAGUUGUACAACAAAUAAACCAAAAAGAGUCCAAUUAAAAAAAUUAAAACCCUGGAUAACUGAUUAAUCGAUUAAAAAGAGGAAUAAAUUAAGUAAGCUUAUUAUCAGACAACCCUUCAAUUUACAAUUGAAAUUAUACUACAAUAAUUAUAGGAAAACAUUGAAUAGAUCAUUAAAAACUACAAAAUAUAAUUACUAUAGGAAUAAAUUAUUAUCCGAUUCUAAACCUAUUUCCUUUUGGAGAACAAUUAAUGAAAUAUCGGGUGUAAAUCCAAGGAAUAACUCAUUUCCUAUACAAAGUUUUCUUACUAAUAGUAACGACAGCCGAAGUCCUCAAACAGGAAGUUGUACUACGGUUUCUGAUGUUACCAAUAAAUUGAAUAUAUUUUUUUCAAAAGUUGGAGAAUCUCUUGCAGACGUUAUAAAACAAGGCAACCAUAAUAUUAAUCUACCUGACAUGGAUCACCCUCCAUGCAAUUCGAUUUUUGACUUACAGCAGGUGAGUGAGAUGGAUGUUGAAAACUGCAUUUUGGAGCUACGAGGUGGUUCUGCGCCUGGCUGCGAUGGCAUAUCAGCAUCUCUUUUGAAGGAUAAUAUAAAAUCUACUGUUACUCCUCUUCGUCACAUUAUUAAUAGAAGCUUUACAUCAGGAACUUUUCCGGAUAUUCUCAAAUUAGCAAAAAUUAUUCCACUCUAUAAGUCUGGCAUUAAAAAUGAUUUAAAUAAUUAUAGACCUAUAAACCUUCUUAGUUUCAUUUCUAAGGUCAUCGAGAAAUGUUUCAAGAAGCAAUUGACCAAGUACCUUAAAAACAAUACGGUAACAUUCUAAUGGAUAAUCAAUUCGGCUUUAGGGAUGACCGGAAUUCGUCUAAUUGUUUCUUUCAGCUAAGCGACUAUCUGAGACAGGGUAUUAAUAAUAAUAAAUAUCUUCUUUUACUAUUUAUUGAUCUGGCAAAAGCUUUUGACUCCAUUUAUCACGAUUUGUUGUUGAAUGAACUGACGGCCAUAGGAAUAAUUGGUGCUGCACACGAUUGGCUUAAAAGUUUCCUGUCAAAGCGUCGCCAGUUGGUAUCUAUUGCAGGAGUCGAAAGUAUCAUCCAAGAUAUCAAUUAUGGUGUGGUUCAGGGCAGUACCUUCGGACCAAUUCUAUUUCUGGUCUACAUUAAUGAUAUUAUUCAGGUAAAUAUGAGUGGUAGAAUGAUGCUUUUUGCUGAUGACACAGCCGUUUACUUUGAGGGAGACAGUUGGGAAAAUGUGUACAGAGUAGCUUCAAGUGAGCUAAGACAAUUGAAAAGCUGGUUUGAUAUCAAUAUACUCAGCAUGAAUAAAAAAAAACUAAGUGUUUGCCUAUUUUCCUGCGUGACAGUCGUGCUCCCCCUACUAACUUGGAAUUGAGGGUUCACACGUGCGGGGCUGAUUGGGGUAAUACAUGUGGCUGUGAUUUAAUAGAGACUGUCUAUGAAUAUAAAUAUUUGGGCAUUCAUAUAGAUAGUCGAUUGACAUGGAGCUCUCAUGUUAGAUACCUUAAUAGUAGGCUGAGAAAAAUGAUUUAUGUGUUCAACCAGCUUAGGGGAAUCCUCAAUAUAAAUCAUUUGAGAACAGUGUAUUAUGCAUUCAGUCCAUUAUUUCCUACGGUAUUGUCCUUUGGGGAAGUGCACCCAAAGCGUUGUUAGAUCAAAUAUCAGUGACUCAGAAAACUAUAAUAAAAGUUGGCCUUGGUCUAUGCAGAAAAUUUCCAUCCGUACGAUUGUUUCAGGUCUUCAACGUUUUCAGAAUCAGGCAGCUAUUCAUUAAAUCAGUACUGAUGUACAUGUUCAAGAAUAAAAUAUAUUUCAAUUCAGAGUCCAAUCAUCAUUACAUGACAAGACAUUCCCGCUUUCAUCACUCGGGUCUUCAACGAAACACCCGUUCAGCCUGUGAUAGGAAUAUAUCAUACCUAUGCCACACUAUUAUGAAUAACAUUCCUCAAGAAAUAAGUCAGCCGGGCGCAUGUAGUUUCUCAAAAUAUAAAUCAAUAAUUACAAAUUGGAUAAAUACGCUGAAUGAAGAUCAAUGUGAACGGCUACUUCAAUCUAUUUAUCAAUAGGAUAUUGGUUACUUCUAAUGUUUGGAUAUUCUCUUUGUCCCAAUCAAUAUAUCUUUUUGCCUAGCGGUUCACCUUGUGAUGACCAACGUGUCUGUGGUGUGUGUGUGUCUGUGGUGUGUGUGUGUGUGUGUAUGUGGUGUGUGUGUGUAUGUGUGCGAUUAUGAAAUUGAAAAAACUUAUUUCUCUAAAGUUCAAUCAGGAAAAAAAUGUAUACUUUAAUCACACAGUACUAGACUUAUUGACCCACGAACAGGCCAAAAAGGUCUAUGUGGGCUCUUAUAUUUCAUUAAAUAGAGUGAAUCCACUUGGGAUAGGUGCAAUAAGAUAAGUUAUACCACAAUAAUAUAUGCUAAAACAUUGUUGAACUGGAUUAAACUAGGAAUAUUAUUAUCAUAAAUAUAAUAUAGAUAUAUAUGAUAGGGAAUAGGAUAAGGUAUUAAUAGUAAUAUUUGUAUUGCAUAUCUCAAGUUGUUUAUUUGUUCUGUUGAAAUAUUAUUGUGAAUUGUGUAAAUUUUGCUGAAAUAAAUUCGAUUCAAUUCAAUUCAUA